AGCAAGAGCGCGAAAGCUAUGAAGAUUCAAAGUUCAUGAGCUUGCGUUACAAUUGCGGCGGUUACAAAGUGAAGUUGUGGGGUGACUCUAUAUGGAGUUGGGACCUUUGGGGUUGGGGAAAUUCGUCACUCUACUGUAACAGCUGCAAAUUGGUUGGGAACAACCAAGCUAGGUUGGCAAGGGUGGCCAACUUGGAUGGAUUGGUUGGGAAGGGGCAAAGGAGAUGUUCGAGCACAUCAAGGAUCUUGUGGAAGCGGAUGAUUCGGGUCCAAGGGCGUGGAAACUACUACGCGAUGUGAUUCAGCCUAACACUCUCCCAAUGGUGAUCGUGCUCGAGAAGGAACUUGCUGCCAUCUCCAUGCGACCAGGGGACGAUGUGAAGCCGGUCCUUGACAAGAUCAAGGACACCUAUGCAAGGAUGGCAGCAGCGGGCAGCAGUGUAUCUCACCUGCAGCAGUGCACCAAGAUCAUCUCGCAGAAUGGCGUGGCUGAGAGGUUCAACAGGACCCUGCAGGGGGGGGCACGCACUCUCCUUGGGCGUGCAGGGCUGCCUGAUCCGUUUUGGGUGUCUGCACUGAGGCAGGUCGCCCUUGUGAAGAACAGGGUGCUGGCUACAGUUGGGGAUAAGGAGUGGAUCCCAUAUACCAAGUGGUAUGGGAGUGCUCCAGCUGCCUUGAAUGGACCAAAUGGGGAGAAGUGGAAGGCGAGUGAGGAUGAGGAGUUCGGGUCCCUGAUUGAGAACGAGACAUGGGACCUGUGUGACUUGCCUCCUGGGAAGAAGGCAAUCACUUCCAAGAUGAUCUACAAGCACAAUGGAGUGAGGCAGCGGUUGCAGAGAGGUGCUGCAGAUGUGAAGAGUGGAGAGAUGCUCUUGAGUUGCUAUACUGACGCUAGCUUCAACUCAGUGAAAGCGGAUGGCACCAGCAUUAGGGGUUAUGUGUGCUUGCUGGGAGGUGGUGCUGUGAGCUGGCGCAGCAAGAAGCAGAAUGAGGUGGGAUUGUCUUCAUGUGAGACUGAGCCUAAGUGGCAUUGGGUGAGGAGACUCCAUGAUAAGGAGGUGCGGCUGGAGAUAGUGAAGACCCAUCAGCAGGCAGCAGAUAUUUUCACUAAGCGUCUGGCGGAGGCGGGUCAUUGGAAGGGCAUGAAGCUUGCUGGGAUGAGUGUGCAUUGAGUAUGCAUGCUUGAGAUAUUGGUAUGGUGGAUGAUGGUUGGCAGCCAGAGGGGGAGAUUGUUGUGUGAUGUCAUCAUAUGCUAUCACAUUCUGUCUG